CUACCAUAUCUAUGUUGAGCAGAGCAGAUCUUUCUAAUUCAACCCUUUGUCAUUCAUUCAAGUCCAAUAAAUAGCACAGAGUUGGCAUAUUUUCUAAGAACAGUCAAAAUACCAUCCCUGAGAAGAAGGCCAUCAAACUCAGGACUCUGAGACAGUGUAUUUACUUCUGGAGAUUGGAGUUUGCUGAUUUCCCAACACUACUACUGCUACCACUGGUCCCUCUUUUUGUUCUUUUAUGGUCUAAUCUUUAGCUGACAUGUCGCCAUGAUUGGAUGCUUUCUUGGCAAUUUACACCCACAGCUGUGUGGUUCGUUGCUCCCCAUUUAUUAUACUUUGCUGCUGCAUUUUCCCGAUUUCAUCCUUUGAAGUUCUUGCCUUGAUUCUUCAUAUGAAAGAAUCCCCUUUUAUUCUCCAAGAAGCUUUUUUGUAUGGAUGGUUUCGGAUCCACAUUUGCUGUAAAUCUUUGGAUAGAUAGUUCCGAGGAAAAGGGCUGCGGGCGUUACUUUCGCCCUACUUUGUGUUCAGUUGCUGAAGAGAGGAAUUCUUGUUUCAUUUCUUGUCGCAUUGCUGUUUAGUUUCUGAUUUCAGAAGGGUUUUUGGAUCUGGGAUUAUUUCUCAAAUGCUCCUUCCGUAUCUCUGCGUGAUUCUCUGCUUCCAUGGGGUGAUUUCUCAAACAAGUAGAGCGCUCUCCGCACGAGAACUUGAUUCUCUGCUACAAGACUAUGCAUUUAGGGGUUUAGUUCGGCCAAAAACUGGCAUUGUCUACGAUGGGAAAGUGCCCUCUAACUUGACAGGGAUCGGAGUGGCGGCGCUGAGGCUGAGGAGUGGCAGCCUAUGGCUGCGAGGGGUCAGCUACAAAGAAUUUCAUAUCCCAGCUGGUGUAGUUGAGCAGCCUUAUGUGGAGAGGCUUGUUUUGGUGUACCACAACUUGGGUAAUUGGUCAUCCUUAUACUAUCCCUUGCCUGGCUACACAUUUCUAGCACCGGUUUUAGGCCUCUUGGCAUAUGAUGCUGCUGAUUUGUCCGCCACAAAUUUACCAGAGCUCGACAUUCAGGCUUUAGGAGAACCCAUUUCUAUUUCGUUCCCCGGCGUGCAAUCAGGGCAUAGCCUGAUGCGAGCUAUGUGUGCAUAUUUUGGUUUCAAUGGUUCUGUACAAUUUAAAAGUGUGGUUAAGGGAAACACAUGUUUGACAACUAACCAAGGCCACUUCUCUGUCGUGGUGGAGUCAUUAGCUGCUCCACCACCUGCUCCUAGAGGUAGGGGAGGCAGCAGAGGCGGUACUGGUGGUGGAGAGACUAGCAUUGGUGGCGGAAAGGGGAGGAGCAAGAGAAUGUGGAUAAUUGGUUGCUCUGUGGUAGGAGGAGCAGCAUUGUUGGUACUCUUAGCCGUGAUAUUUGCUUAUGUAAAAAGAUGUAGGCAUCGGAAAAAGAUACGACGAAUGGAAGAUGCUGCAGAGUUGGGCGUGCCAUUGCCAAUGACAGUGGUCAGGUUCACGAAGGUGCCUGUGGCAUUGCAGACAAGGACUAGGCCUUUGUUAGAGAACGAAUAUGUGCCUUAGCCUUUUGCUUCUGAAAGUGAGUGGAAAAUUGCAUUUUCUUGGUUUCCCAUUGUAUAUUCCAUUAAAUUCAAUUAUUUCCUAUUGGGGAUCGA